ACUAUACAACUUGAUUUAAUUUAAUUUCAUUUAAUACAUCCUCUCGCACUCUCACCGGAACACACUGGCAGUACUCCACAGCAUCACCGCAACAACAUCACAAUGAAGGACGAUUUCCAAUCCGACACACCCUCCGUUCUCCGUCUCAACAUCGGAGGGAAGAAGUUCUCGACGACGAUCGAUACGAUGACACAUCGCGAGCCAGAUUCAAUGCUCGCUGCUAUGUUCAGUGGUCGCCAUACUCUUCCUCAAGAUCCUCACAAGGGAUAUGUGUUUGUUGAUAGGGAUGGUACGCACUUCAGACACAUUCUCAAUUGGUUAAGGGACGGCGUGGUGCCCACUCUCGAGGAAGCUGAAUAUGCAGAGCUGUUGAGGGAAGCUGAGUACUAUCAGCUACUUGGGCUUGUAGAUGGAAUCCAAGACGUCCUUAAUAAGAGGAAGGAAGAUGACGAGCUCCGAACAGAAUUGACGCGUACUGAUAUCAUCAAGUGUAUACAAUCUGAUAAAGUCAGGUUUCGAGGGGUUAAUCUUUCUGGCAUCGACCUCUCUAAACUGGAUUUAUCAUUUGUGGAUUUCAGCUAUGCAUGUCUUAAAAAUGUCUUCUUUUCAAGAGUAAAUCUUCAAUGUGCAAAGUUUCGGGAUGUUGAUGCCGAGGGCUCCAUCUUUCACAAUGCAAAUUUGCGGGAAUGUGAGUUUACUGGGGCAAAUCUCCGUGGUGCUUUAUUGGCUGGUGCAUGCCUUCAGAGUGCAAAUCUACAAGAUGCUUGUUUAGUAGAUUGUAGCUUCUGUGAAGCAGACCUGCGAUCUGCACAUCUACAGGUUCAUCGGAGUAUAUUCUUUACCUUUGGUAAUAAAGGAUAUUCCUGUAUAAUCUCCUUCCUGUCAUUUUCCGUAGAAGUUAGAAGUGGAAUGCAUAAACUAGCCUCUUUAUUGCAUUUUCCUAUAACUUCUGUUAAUAUUUGGAGCGACAACAAAAGCCUUUUUCAUCUAGGUAUAGUCAGUCAAUUGCAAGAAUCACAUGACAUGAUAAAAUCCUAUCAUAAAUUAAUCUAUUGACACCAUUUAGGCCUAAAAUCAUUCUAAGUGAUUUGGCCUUUAGUUUUCCUUGGUCGCUCAUUAACACUUAUUUCUACUCGUAUCUACUCUAUUCUCCUUUUUGAGACUUCUAUAAGUUUUCCACACAUAUAGAGACCACAUAAAGCAAUGAUCUACUAUUUUUCUGCAACUGAUGCCAUCCCGAUUUUCUCAUCAAUAUUGUGUUUAGUCAUUCUUAAUCCUAUUUGUGGUUCAACCAUUGGUUAAUUAGAAUUGUCCUGUUCCGCUGUAAACUAGAGCUAUGAUCCUAUAUCUGUUUAACCUUUUGAGAUCCACAACGCCAUUCAUCCGAUACUUUUCUACAAUUAAUGGCGAAUAAAUCAUUUAAGUUUCAGCCAGUGAAGGUUGGGUCUAGCUGAAGGGGCUAGUCUCGCACGAAAUGGCGAACUAAGGUUCAAAUUCCAACUGAGAAGCGUCCACAUUAAGUGACGGGUUUUAGCUUGAAACAUGCAGCACUAGUGUAGUAGUAUUGUAUCUUGAUUAUUGGUUUGAGGUGGUUGAU